UCUACCCCUGAAUCUAGGUUGGCAACGGUCCUGCUGAGUUCAAAACGGAAGUUUCCCAGCUGUCUGAAAGGGUGGUUCUUGAAACAUAGCUUUAGUUUCCUCAGUGUUGUUCCACAGUUGAAAAGUUCUAACUCUGAGACUUGAUCAUGUAUGUGCUGAAUUGCUUCUCCAUCCACCUGCUGCUCCUCUUCUCCUCUCUGUCUGAAGUGGUUUAUUCCUCAGAUGAAGAUUUUGCACACGAUGAUGCAUGGUGUCGGUUUAGCUCCAGAGAUUUACAUGAUAUGGAGUAUAUCUUAGAGCAUCAUUUUAACAAGAUCAUGGUGGCUCAGUACAACAGCACCACAGAGAGGUGGACAGGAUACACAGCAUGGGGAGUGAUAUCUGCAGAAAAGUGGAAUGAGGACCCAGAUGAGAUCCCCAGGAGGAGAUCAGAUAUGGAUGUGUUGUGCAAGCCAUAUGCUAAUCGGAUCCACAACACAACAGAGAUGUUUAUGGUUGAGCCCAAUGUCACACUGAGGCUAGAGGGAACAUCCAGUGACUCCAGCCUUGUGUGUAGUGUCCACUUCUUCUACCCCAAACACAUCAGAGUGACGUGGCUGAGGAAUGGGGAGGAAGUGACCUCAGAUGUGACUUCCACUGACGUACUGGCCAAUGGACUCUGGAGCUACCAAAUACAGUCCUAUUUGAAGUACACACCCACAACUGGAGAGAGGAUCACCUGUAUGGUGGAGCACAUCAGCCAGACUGAGCCCAAACUUCAUUACUGGGACCCCUCCUUGCCUGAGUCUGAGAAGAAUAAGAUAGUGAUCGGUGUCUGUGGGCUGCUGCUGGGGGUGGUCUUUGUAGUAGCUGGACUGAUCUACUGGAAGAAAUCUACUGGACGGCUGUUGGAUCUUAUUGGUGAACUUGGUUAUGGGACUUGUGAUUGAGGCCGUGUGGAUGAAGGCUUGCUGAUCAAAUCCCUGUCGUUAACCGAUGGUUGCUGAUAUAGUUUGCUUUUUAGCUGCUGUUGCCUCUAGCAGCUGCACCCCCCUAUUCAAAAUGCCAACAUUGCACCAACCAUGGCCUGCUUGCCAACAGUUAACCAACUACACUCUGGAAAAAAAGGCUAAUUUGUGGAGGGGAAGGGGAUCUACCUAGAACCCUUCUCAUCCAAACGAACCCUUUUUGAAAGCCCACUGGGAACAGACGUCAGUUCAAUGUCUAGUUAGUUGUCAACUAACGUGAAUUCAACGUGAAAUCUAUAAAACGUCACCAUGUCAUUGCAUUUUUUUCACAGUUCAGUGAAAAAAAUAUGAAAUGCCCUUAAGUUGAUGACUUUGCAAAUUCAAUCAGUUUUCCACAUUGAUUCACAUAUAAUUAUUGGGGUUGAAAUGAAGUAGAAACAACGUUGACCAGUAUUUGCCCAGUGGGAGGUUCUACAUGGAUCCUUUUUCAUCAGAAUUUAACAUCAGAAAUAAUUUCUGUUUAGCAAAAAUGUAUAUAUUAUAGUUUAAUUUUAAGACAUUAGCUUGCCUAGGAAUUUGUGGAGGAGUAGCCUUCACUGUCAUUUGUGCAAAUGUACUCAAGGAUCCUAUUCAUCAUCGAAUCUAAAUCCAGUUUAUGUAUCUUUAUCCACCAGCCCAACCUUUACUUGUGUGUUUUAAUGUAGACUGAGUUGUCCCUUUAAUUCUCCCUUUAAUGUCCCGUUGAUUACUCACACCCGUGGCCUCCUGCCUCAAGGGCUCAGUUUGUUCAAAUGGAGGACUCUGUUGAGUGUGUGGAAGGUACUACAGAGAUGUCUGCAAGUUGUUAAUAAAAAAUAAGCUAUAAGCAAGA